AUGGCCGCGAAGUCGGACGGCGGCGGCGGCCCGGCCGUGCGCUUGGAGAGCCCCGGGGACGGCGGCGGCGGCGGCGGCGGCGGCGGAGGGCGGCGGGCGGGGGUCGCGGCCCCCCCGUCGCGGCGGUACCGGCUGCGGGACGGCUGCUGGGUGCUGGGCGCUCUGCUCGUCUGCUUCGCGGACGGCGCCUCGGACCUGUGGCUGGCGGCCCACUACUACGUGCGGGGGCAGCGGUGGUGGUUCGGGCUGACGCUGCUCUUCGUGCUGCUGCCCUCGCUCGUGGUGCAGCUGCUCAGCUUCAGGUGGUUCGUCUACGACUUCGCCGCCGGCACCAAGGGCAGCGCCGGCAGCACCAAGGACAGCGCCCGCGGCCCCCGCGGCUGCUGCCGCCUCUGCGUCUGGCUGCUGCAGGGCUGCAUCCACCUGCUGCAGCUGGGGCAGGUCUGGAGGUACCUCCGCACGCUGUACCUGGGGCUGCAGAGCCGCUGGCAGGCCGAGCACCGCCGCCGCCACUUCUACUGGCGGAUGAUGUUCGAGAGCGCGGACAUCAGCAUGCUGCGCCUGCUGGAGACCUUCCUGAAGAGCGCGCCCCAGCUCGUGCUGCAGCUCAGCAUCAUGGUGCAGCAGAACAGCAUUGAGCCGCUGCAAGGGCUCUCGGCUUCGGCCUCGCUCGUCUCCCUGGCGUGGAUGAUCGCCUCCUACCAGAAGGUGCUGCGGGACUCGCGGGAGGACAAGAUGCCCAUGUCCUACAAGGGGGCCAUCGUGCAGAUCCUGUGGCACCUCUUCACCAUCGCCGCCCGCGCCAUCGCCUUCGCCCUCUUCGCCUCCGUGUUCCAGCUCUACUUCGGCAUCUUCAUCGUCACCCACUGGUGCAUCAUGACCUUCUGGAUCAUCCAGGGCGAGACGGACUUCUGCAUGUCCAAGUGGGAGGAGAUCAUCUACAACAUGGUGGUGGGCAUCAUCUACAUCUUCUGCUGGUUCAACGUCAAGGAGGGACGGAGCCGCUACCGCAUGUGCAUCUACUACGUCAUCACGCUGUCCGAGAACGCUGCCCUCACCGUCCUCUGGUUCCUCUACUACAACCGCGAGACCACGUCCGACUUCCACGCCUUAAUCCUCGUCUGCGUGGUCAGUUCCAGCUUCGCCCUCGGCAUCUUCUUCAUGUUCAUCUACUACUGCCUCUUGCACCCCAACGGCCCCAUGUUUGGCCCCCACGCCGGGGGCUGCAUUUUCCGGCAGCAGCCGGCACCGGCGCCGGGGUCCCCCGCGGACGCCGUCACCAGCCCCCCCCGCUCGCUGCCGCGGACUACAGGGGGGGAACGGGAAGGGGUGCCGGGGGACCGGGACAGCUGCGUGCCCGUCUUUCAGGUGCGGCCCUGCGCCCCGCCGCCGCCGGCCGCCCGCGCCCCGCGGACAGAGGGCCCCGUCAUCCGCAUAGACCUGCCCAGGAAGAAGUACCCGGCCUGGGACGCCCACUUCAUCGACCGGCGCCUGCGGAAGACCAUCCUGGCGCUGGAGUACGCCUCCCCGACCACCCCGCGCCUGCAGUACCGCACCGCCGGCGUUUCCCAGGAGCUCCUGGAGUACGAGACCACCGUGUAGGGUGGGCGCGGGGCCGCCGUGGCGCCUCCCCGGCCGGGCUGUCCCAUCUCUUCGCAGCGUUUUGCCUUUCUUUUCGGUUCACCGGCGCCGAGGGGUGACCGCGCCGAGCGCCCCCGCGGGCAGGGGCCGGUGAGGUCCCUUGGUGCUAUCCUCCCCCCCCCCCCCCACGCCGCCCUCCUGUGACCCAGCUCCUCGUCCCACCCGGCUCUGCGCCGGGGGCUUGUCCUUGCCAAAAUACCUCACCUGUGCCUGAGCCCCGCAGCGCCCGGCUCCCGGCCGGGCUGGCCAGGUCGGCGGCACCGGGUGGGGACCGCGGGGCGCCCCGGGGCUCAGGGGUGGUGGGUGCCCCGCUCCGGUGAGGGGCUUUGGGCGCGGUGGGGCAUGGCACAGGGGAUAU